AUGAUCAACGGAAGCUUCUCCCAAAGCUUCAUCCUCUUGGGAUUCUCCAACCAGCCCUACCUGGAACUGGUCCUCUUUGCAAUCAUCUUGUUUUUCUACCUCCUGACCCUGUUGGGCAACACGUCCAUCAUCCUAGUGUCCCAGUUGGACCCCCGGCUCCACACGCCCAUGUACUUCUUCGUCUCCCACGUCUCCUCACUGGACCUCUGCUUCACCACCAGUGUCAUCCCCCAGGUGCUAGUUCACCUGUCCCGAACAGACAAGUCCAUCACCUUUGGCGGCUGUGCCGCCCAACUGUACAUGUCCCUGGCCCUGGGCUCCACUGAAUGUCUCCUCCUCACCGCCAUGGCACUGGACCGCUUCGCCGCCAUCUGCUACCCCCUACGUUAUGCCAUCUUCAUGAACCCUCGUCUCUGCCGGCAGCUGGCCGCCGGGUCUUGGGUGGGUGGCUUCAUGGCGUCUCUGCUGCAGACCGUCCUCACCAUGAAGCUGUCCUUCUGUGGUCGGGCACAGGUGGACGGCUUUGUGUGCGAGGUCCCCGCUCUGCUGAAGAUCUCCUGUGUCGACACGACCUUCAUCGAAGUGGAGCUAUUUGCCGCCACCUUGCUCUACCUCGGGGUGCCGGUGCUGCUCAUCUUCGUCUCCUACGGCCGCAUCGCCCGGGCCGUGCUGAGGAUAGGGUCGGGUGAGGGACGGCGGAAGGCGUUUGGGACCUGCGAGUCUCACCUGCUGGUGGUGUCCCUGUUCUACGGCAGCAUCCUCACCGUCUACAUCCUGCCACAUAACCGCUACGCCGAGGCCAGAGGCAAGUGGCUCUCCCUCUUCUACACGGUGGUUACCCCCACUCUCAACCCCCUCAUCUACACCCUGAGGAACCAAGAUGUGAAAGGUGCCAUGAGGCGAUUGUUGGUCCAGAAGACGGUCAAGUGA